AUGGAUGAUAUUAUCUGUAAAGUAUGUGGGUUGGAAACUGAAUCAGUUAGUCAUCUUUUCUAUAGGUGUCCAAGAGCCAAGUUGGUUUGGAAGCUUUCUACGCUUAGAUUAGAUGGGGAGGAAGUUGGCCAUGGACAGUGGGAUAGAUGGUGGAGAUCAAAAAUGGAGAAUUGGUCGAGCUUAAGUGAGGAGCACUCGAUGAAGAAUAUGGCUGCUUUUCUUUGUUGGCAGAUUUGGAAGGCGCGUAAUGCUUGGGUGUUUGAGCAAAAAUGUUAUGAGAAUCCUAUUAAGUGGCAAGCUCCUCCAGUAGACGUGCUUAAAGUUAAUACUGAUGCAUCAUUUUGCAAAGUCUUAUGUGAGGCUGGAGGUGGAAUGGUUCUGCGUGAUCAUAGGGGAAAGGUGUUGCGAUUGGCGUCUUUUUUCUUUCAAAGAGUUUCAAAUCCGUUAGUGGCUGAAGGUUUAGUGCUUCGAAAGAUUGUGGACCAGGUUAUUCGUUGGGGUUACAGUCAUAUUGUGUUUGAGAUUGAUACAGAGGUCAUUGUCAAGGCUGCGAUGUUGGAUGGGUCUGCGUCUCUUUUACUUAGGCCUCUAGUAGAAGAUAUCCAUGAAUGGCUUCAUCAUCACCCUGAUUUUGAUUUGGUGUAUACGCCUAGAGCAGAGAAUGAGGUUGCCCAUGCAGUUGUUGCAUAUGCUUUACAAGAGAAAAAUAUAUAUUUAUGGGAUAAUAAUUUCACAGACUUUGUUUUGCAUAAAACUAGUUUGGAUGUAAUUUUUGAUUCUAAUUAA